AUGGAUAAGUUUCGGAUGAUCUUCCAGUUCCUUCAGUCCAACCAGGAGUCCUUCAUGAACGGCAUCUGUGGCAUCAUGGCUCUGGCCAGCGCCCAGAUGUACUCGGCCUUCGACUUCAACUGCCCCUGCCUGCCAGGCUACAAUGAGGCGUACAGUGCUGGCAUUUUGCUCGCACCUCCCCUGGUGCUCUUUCUGCUCGGCCUGGUCAUGAACAACAACGUGUCCAUGCUGGCCGAAGAGUGGAAGCGGCCGCCGGGCCGCCGGGCCAAGGACCCCGCCGUGUUGCGCUACAUGUUCUGCUCCAUGGCCCAGCGCGCCCUCAUUGCACCUGUCAUCUGGGUGGCUGUCACGCUGCUUGAUGGCAAGUGCUUCCUCUGUGCCUUCUACACGGCCAUCCCCGUGGCCACACUGGGCAAUGGCAGCCUGGCGCCCAGCCUGGCUCCCCAAGAGCUUGUCCGCCUACUGGCCCGGGUGCCCUGCCCUGAGAUCUACGACGGCGACUGGCUGCUGGCCCGAGAGGUGGCCGUGCGCUACCUGCGCUGCAUCUCCCAGGCACUGGGCUGGUCCUUUCUGCUGCUGACCACACUGCUGGCCUUCGUGGUGCGCUCCAUGCGGCCCUGCUUCACACAGGCCGCCUUCCUCAAGAGCAAGUACUGGUCCCACUAUAUCGACAUUGAGCGCAAGCUCUUUGAUGAGACAUGCACAGAGCAUGCGAAGGCCUUCGCCAAAGUCUGUAUCCAGCAGUUCUUCGAGGCCAUGAACCAGGACCUGGAGCUGGGUCACACCCACAGGGUGCUGGCCACAGCCACUGCUACCCCAGCCACCACUGACAGUGCUGGCGAGGAGAGGGAGAAGCUACGUGGCAUCACCGAUCAAGGCUCCGUGAACAGGCUGCUCACCAGCUGGCACAAGUGUAAGCCGCCACUGCGGCUGGGCCAGGAGGAGCCGCUGAUGGCCAACGGCUGGGCUGGGGGUGGGCCCCGGCCCCCACGCAAAGAAGUAGCCACCUACUUCAGCAAAGUGUGA